AUGAAGCAGACUUCCCUCAGCGAUACGGAUCGAUCGACAGCCGGAAGUCUCGUGCAACAUCGACUUGCCAUGAAUGGCAACUUUCUCGUCCCCGAUCAUCUUCACUUGAUAAUGUGCACCUUCGAUGAAUUUGGUUUCCCAAAACCUCCGAUUCGACGUGGGUGUAUUUCACCCUUCGAGUUGAAUUCUAAACCGCUGCCCGAGGCACCCUCGAGGCCUGUUUCUGGGACAUCAUCCAUAUUGCAUUUCCACAUAUCUCCAAACCGGACUGACACGCCUCCAUCUUCCGAUAUUGAAACAGAAUGUUCCUCGCUGGGACGGCCAAUCUCUUCAAACCCUGCGGCCUAUACUUACAAGUCUCUUCCAACACCAGAGUCUUCCCCCGAGAUUGGCCCUCUACCGGAUUGGGAACUUCUCAGCAACCAGACCAUCGACAUCCUUAAUCAAGACUUGUGUGACGAUAUCCAACGGAAAUUAGGAGAGUCAAUGACCAACCCUACUACAGCUUCUAUUUCUCACCCUGACCAAACUGAGGGAUCGGAGAUCUCUCCCAAUUCUUCUUUUUCGAACGCAUCUCUCCAAGAGCCAGAAGUUUGUGACUUUUUCACACUCAGCGAUGAAAAUGUCGCCGAGUCAUACGCUGAAGAGUCUUUGUUCUCCGAUGAUCCACGUCGGUCUUAUGCCUCGAUUACCUUGGCACCUUCAGUUUUGUCGUUGCCUUUGCGAGAUCCACCAUUGUUAACCUUGGAGCAGCCUUCGACAAGCCGCCCAGCCAGGGUUGCUGCAUUUGAAGCGGCCCGCAUUGCCAGCAGAUACAAGUUCGACAUGCUCUACGUCGUAAAUCUGUGGCCCGAAAAUACAGCCUCGCAUUCCCCCCGUGAUUCAUACCCUAUUGAGGGCAUGACAGGGAGACUUCUGGUUGCGUAUGGUUUGCAUCAUAGCCCCUCACCAUUUCAAAUCUCGUCUGAAGUCCAUACGAAGAUUCUACAGUCUCCAGGAUGGAUGGAGUAUCGAGAUGAACAAGCUGAGAACGACUUUGCAUGCGCCUAUGCUUAUACAUUUUACCCUCGUUCCGUCGGAGAUAAACGCGGCUCGGGCUCGUCUCUUUCCACUCAAUCAACCACAGCAACCUUGGUUGACCGUGGGAUUGUUUUCGCCGCUUUCCGCAAGAAGGACACUCAAAACUCAACACAUUACCCAACUCUUGACGAACUUGCCUAUCUUGGGCGAGACGUGGAAACGAUGAUACAGGUGCUCAUCGAUAUUCACAACACCCGCCAGAUGCGGCAGGCACCUUCACAGCAGGAAUACUCGGAUGAAACAGGUCCUAUGCCAGUUUUGUGA